UGCAUUCUUUUUCGACUCUGCCAUGGCUUAUAUAGAGACCGCUUUCCUUCAUCAAACGUUCCUGUCUUCUUAGGAGGCAACUAAGCGCACCAACCAAAUGGCCAUCAAGAAACCCAUUGCGCUGGUAGCUGCUAUAUAUGCCAUGCAUAUAAUAUCUGGCAUAUGCGAAGAUGCAGAAGAUCCGUUGGAGAACAAUGAAGAAUUUGAUUAUUCUGGAACUGCACCAGCGAUGUGCUAUUGGACAAAUUCGUCGGCGGGUCUGAUUUCAAACAACUGUACCGUGCCUUGUCACAAUGACACGUCGUCGUGGAAUCAAACCGAUCUUGAGAAUGCUACAUGUUACUACGAUUACACUGGGCCAGAAGAACUUCUGGGAGAAUACAUAAUAUAUAACUGCAGUUUGGGUCACUGCGUCAAUGGCAGUUGCAUCCCAGACGGUACAUGCGGUGACUGCUGGUCACGGAAGCAAGAGGAAGCAUGACGUAUUCGCUGAAACUGCUUACAACCCCACGAUUGAAGAAAACCAGCACUUCCAUUUGGCGUUUAGGCUUAAUAAGGUCAUCUAGAAGCAGUUCAGUAGAAGUUGUGGGUUGGUAAAAGGAAAUAAAUUUUUCAUUGGAUGAGAAA